UGGAGUUUCAACUUUGGACCCAGAGAAGAGCUCAGCUGAGUGAUACAAUAUAGAAACUCUUCAGAGACAAACGCUUCUCCAAAACGGGAUAUUUUGGUUGGGGGUUUUUGUCUUGGGGCUUUGCCACCCAAGCAAGGAAACCAUGGAGUACUAUCCUGAUCAGCAGGGUUAUGAUGGCAUGGAGCUGCUCGACUGGCUGUUUGAUCAAAACGACGGCACCCUCCGGCACGACAAAAUGGGACAAGCAGGCAACCAGCAACACCACUGGCCCAUGCAGGAGCCGAAUGUGCGUUGGACUAUGCUCCAGCUGGCUGAACAGGCGGACGCCGACUUCCUCAACGCCCUCCUGAGUGGAAGUGAUUCUAUGUUGGGCUCACCUCUUUGGGCCCCCUCGCCCAGCGACAGCGGGAUCAGCGAGGACCCGCCCUCGGACCAGAUGGAUAGCCCACAGCGACCCGAGAGCCCCCCCGGCGAUGCCCGUUGUUUGAGUCUGAGGCCACAAAGCAAAGCAGCCUUGGAGGCCCGAGUGGCCAUCAAGUCCAACGACUGGAAGGCCGAGCUCCCCACGGAGAAGACAAGAGCGCCACAAUAUCCUUCGGAUAUAAACAGAGUGCAGUCAUCCUCUGGCUUGCCGCUGACUGUUAAGGAUCUGCUGCUGUCUGGCAUGGCAGAGCCACCCCCCCAGCCAUUCCAGCAGUAUAUUCAAGAACUGAUUCUCAAUGAAGAUGAGAAGAAGCUCUUAGCCAAGGAGGGCGUGACUUUACCCAGCCAACUGCCGCUCACAAAGAAUGAAGAACGGAUCCUGAAGAAAAUACGCAGAAAGAUUCGCAAUAAGCAGUCGGCCCAGGAGAGCCGCAAGAAGAAGAAAGAGUACAUUGAUGGACUGGAGAGCAGGAUGGCCGCAUGCAAUGCACAUAACCACGAGCUGCAGCACAAAGUGUCCCAGCUAGAGAAAUGCAACAUGUCACUAAUGGAACAGUUGCGCAAGCUCCAAGCUCUGGUUAUGAAUACAUCUAACAAACCGGCCCAGACUGGGACGUGCUUGCUGGUGCUUCUGCUGUCCUUCUCCCUAAUCCUCUUUCCCAGCCUCAAGCCCUACGCCAACACCAAAGUCAGCCAAGGAGACUUCAGCCCAGUCAGAAUCCAGUCACGGUCUCUGCAGAACCUCCAAUCCUCCCGUGUGCUGCACGCUAUCGACUCCACGUUGUUGACCGAAGACGAAGCGAAGCCUGCACACUUGCAUUUCCCAGGAGAUUCGGGAUUGGAAAUUACCAGUCUGAUGGGGAACAUGAAGCUGAAGCAAGAACUGGACGCUGUGUCCCGAAACAGCAGCCAGGAAGAAAGCCUGGGUCAUUUCCACCUGGACCCUAUCACUGGCCAUGUCGCCACAGUCACCUUGGAUCCUAAACGCUCUGCUGGGCUGCCUCCGAAUGCUGAUGACAUGUAGAACCAAUUGUCCUCAUCCAUUGGUUUUAAUCAUGUUGUCAUGAAUAUGUUUUGUAUCAGGGUGUUGUGUGUUAAAAUGAAAUUGCCUGUCAGCUGGCCUCAUGAGAUUUCAUAAGCAAACAGCGUGAUUUAGGAGCGUUUGAGAAAAAAAAACAAAAACAAAGAAAGCAGCCAAUAGCGUGGUGCCACUGUGAUCUCAGUGGAUAAUUUCUUAACUAUUGAGAGGAAUUUGGAAUGCAUGCUUUCUUUGAUGGAGAAAAUAGCCUGAAAUAAAUGAUGUCACAAAGAGGCAGGAUGUCCAAAUGCUGUGCCAGCAAGGCAUCUUCUCCCCCCAGGAGGCUUCAGGACUCAAUGCUUGUCUGUGAAGCAGUGAUCGAACGUCUCGACAAGGCAUCUCUCAAAAGGCAAAUAUGUAAGUAGGGACAACAAAAGGGAGAAAACUAGGCCAAAGGUCACUUGAACAGCCGCUUAUCACAUGACCUACAGCUCACUUAUUGACAUGUUGACAUAUUUUCUUAUUAGAGAAGCCUAUCUGACCUUUACAGCAGACACUGAUGAGAUGAAAAACUUCCAGCUGUUAAUUCGAUCAUAAUUUAUUAUUUAAGGUAGUAUAGUCGUCCCUCGCAGUACAGUGUUCCUUCGUUUAUCGCAGGGGAUAGGUUCCCAAAGUAGCCCGCAAUGAGUGAAAUCCACAAACUUUGAGGAUUUUGUUAAGCAUUAGUUACAAAAAGUAAUUUUAGCAGGAAAAAAAUAUAAAAUACUUGUAUAUAAGAACAUUUUUCCCCAACAAAUGUAUUCUGAGAUUAUUAUGACUAUUUUGCAUGCACAGUACAGGUAUAUGGCAGAUCUAUAAUUCUAAAACUACAAAUUUUCUGUAAAAAAAAAACAAACAAAAAAAACAGAUAUUUUCAAACAAAACAAGCAUUAUUUUUGGACAUAAUUUAGAUGUUUUCCUUUUUUUAAGUUCUGGUUUUUGGCACCACUUAAGCACCGACUCCAGUUCAAAAUUACAAUUUAAUUUAUUCUGUUAUGCAGAAGUUCCUUGUCUUGCAGUGUCAUUACCUUUUCUGGUGCUGCUUUCUUGAAGUGGAGCGCCACCAGCAGGAAGUACAAGGUAGAGUGUUUUGGUAAAGUGUUCGUGUGGGCUUCUCAGCAUGCCUUGUGUUUGUGUUGAUUGCACUGCGAGUGAUGUAGUGGUUCGAGUUGAUGACCCUCUGUUCUUUUGCGUUGUGCGGGGUGAGUAUUUGCUAAGCUGCAAAUAAAAGAGCACUUCCUUCAAACAAUUUGGAGUUUGCCACUGACCCGAAGUU